AUCAUGAGAGCAAGUACGUGGCCACUCGUGUUCCUGCUGGUUUCCGUCCAGGCCAGAUCAAGGUUGGACCCUCUAGUGGACACCAAACAGGGUCUGAUCGCAGGCCUCCAAGCCGACGAUGGAGACUACUCCAUGUUCUUAGGGAUACCGUACGGACGAGUAGACGAGGAUAAUCCAUUUGGGGCUGCCCAACCGUAUCCACCAUUUGAAGAAGUCUUCGAAGCCCAUGACGACUCAGCAAUAUGUCCUCAACAAGAAGAAUUCAAUAAAACCAUAGUGGGAUCCCUGGACUGCCUACAUCUAAACAUAUACGUUCCCAACAAGGCCACGACCAGAAACAAACUUCCAGUCUUGGUCUGGAUUUAUGGAGGAGGGUUCCAAAUCGGAUUUGCUGGUAGAUUCCUCUACGGACCACAAUAUUUGGUACGACAUGAUGUUAUACUAGUCACCCUAAAUUAUAGACUGGGUCCCUACGGAUUCAUGUGUCUUGAUAUACCUGAAGUUCCGGGGAACCAGGGACUGAAAGAUCAGGCCCUAGCUUUGAGAUGGAUAAAGGAGAACAUUGAACAGUUUGGUGGAGACGCUACCAAGAUUACUGCAUUCGGAGAAAGUGCAGGAGCAGCAUCAGUAGAAUUUCAUCUUCUGUCUAACAAUGAACAGUUGUUUAACCAGGCUAUUCUACACAGUGGCUCUGUAUUUAGUCCAUGGACAAUGAAGGGUGUGGGAAACGACGGUCCAACUCUGCUAGCAAAACAAUUGGGUUUCGAAACGGAAAACGUUUACGACGCUUUACAAUUCAUUAAAGGCAUUGAUGUUAAAUUGGUUAUUGGGGCAACAAAGGAAUUAAAUUUAGCAUUUCUUGUUUGCCUUGAGAAAGAAUUCGAAGGAGUUGAAAGCUUUCUUACUGAACAUCCAAAUACCAAUAAAAGACUAAAAUCAAAUAACAUGCCUAUAAUAUCGGGAUAUAAUAACCAUGAAAGUCUAUCAAGUUUCGUUCAAGUAACAGAAGAUUAUUUUAAAAGUACUGAUCUGUUUGCUGAAAUACCUUUACUAACAACUUUUGAUGGAGAAAUAGAUGAUUUAAUAAAGAUCGUUCGCCGUUUCUAUAUCGGUGAUGAAGAGAUGAGCAUCGAUAUUAAAUAUAAUCUGAUAGACUUUGCCUCUGACAUAAAUUUCAACUAUCCGGUUCAACGAAGUUUGGAAAGAUUUCUAGAUCUUUCCAAGCAAGUGUACCAUUAUAUCUUCUCUUACAACGGUAACAGAAACUUUGUAAAGAAGAGGAUGAAUAUAACAGAAGGUGGCGCAGCUCAUGCGGACGAGUUAGGAUACAUAUUUAAUAUGCAAACCCUGGACAAGGAGAUGGAUGAGUUCGAUCAGCUAGUUGUGGACAGGAUGACUACGAUGUGGACCAACUUUGUCAAAUAUGGAAAUCCAACACCAGAGACAAGUGACCUUCUUCCAAUCCAAUGGCAGGUGGCAUCCGAGGACAGCUUGACCUUCCUCGAGAUAGGCAACAACCUGCACCUUGGAUCCAGACCGUUCCACGACCGAAUGGCUUUCUGGGACCUCAUCUAUCAGACAUACGCAAAAACGACGAAUGGAGAAGAUUAACUCGAAGAGAAUUUGGGUGAAGAUGUUACCCGACAUUACUUUUGGUUGUACUUUAUAUGACAUAAAAUUGUAAAUUAUUAGCGCAUUGAAUUUUCUCAAUAAAUUUGUAGAUUUAAUUGAAA